AACAGAAGAACCGUUAAGUGUCAUUGCCUGGCAGAACGGGCCCGCAUGCCAGCGAGUGGCGCAUUUGGUCACACACCUCAUUACCUUCUCCCACAUGACAAGGCCAUGGCCACCGAGCCUUCCAUCUCCGCCGCCGCAUUCGCCGUCAACGCGAAUUCCACCGAGCCAUGGAGCGCGCGGGUGCGCACCCUGACGCGCCUCGGGCGGCACCGCGAGGCACUGGCCCUCUUACGCCAUGGCGACCCCUCGCCUCCACCGCACGCCCUGGCGCUCCCAGCCGCUGCCAUCUCCUGCGCCACGCUGUCCCUCCCCUCCGGCGUCGCCCAGAUACACGCGCUCGGUGCCAAGCGCGGCCUGCUCCCCGCCGCCGACGCCUACCUAGUCUCCGCGCUGCUCGCCUCCUACUCUCGCCUCGGCCUCCUCCCGCUCGCCCACAAGCUUCUCGACGAAAUGCCUCUUGCGUCCACGCCCCACACCACGCUCCGCACUGCGUUCAACUCCGCCAUCUCCGGCUGCGCGCUCCAUGCCCUCCCGGCCGCCUGCUUCGCCGUCUUCCGCCGCAUGCGCGCCGCCUCGGUCCGCUUCGACGCCGUCACUCUCCUCGCGCUUGUCCCCGCCGCGCCCCUGAACGUGGUGCCACAGAUCCACGCACUCGCGGCCCGGGCUGGGCUCGCCGCCGAAACAUCCGUGGCCAACUGCCUCAUAUCCACGUACGCGCGCGGCGGGGCGGCUGGCGCCGCCCUCGCCCGGCGGGUUUUCGACGAGAUGCCGCUGGCAUCCCGCGACCUCGUGUCGUGGAAUGCUGUGCUCUCAGCCCACGCGCAGAACGGCCUGGCUGUUGACGCCCUCGAGCUCUACCGCUGCAUGCGUGGCCCGAGCGGCGGCGGGGUGGAACCGGACGCCGUGACGCUCGUCGGCGUGCUCUCCUCCUGCGCGCACCUGGGCGCGCGCGGUGUGGGCUUCGACGUCGAGCACUACGUGCGCAACAGACUCCCGGGCUUCCGCACCAACGUGCAACUGUGCAACGCACUCAUCAACUUCCAAGCGCGCUGCGGCAGCCUGCCCCAGGCGCAGCAACUGUUCGACGAAAUGCCCAGGAAGAGCAUCGUGUCGUGGACGGUGCUGAUCACCGGGUACGGCAUGCACGGGCACGGCGAUGUCGCCAUCAGCCUCUUUGAAAGGAUGGUGUCCGAAGGUAUCCGGCCAGAUAACGUCGCAAUGGUCGGCCUCCUUUCGGCGUGCAGCCACGCCGGGAUGUAUGACGAGGGGCGCAAGUACUUCUUAUCAAUGGAGAGCGCCUACAGACUGCGACCUACGCUGGAACACUACACCUGCAUGGUGGAUCUCCUCGGACGCGCCGGCCGCUUCGAGGAGGCGCGUGAGCUCAUCUCGUCGAUGUCCAUGCCAGCUGACGGUGCGGUCUGGGGUGCGCUUCUUGGAGCGUGCAAGAUACACAAGAAUGCGGAGGUAGGGGAGGAGGCCUUUAAGCACGUCGUCGAGCUGGAGCCGAGCAACGUGGGGUACUACGUGCUCAUGUCGAACAUAUACACCGACACGGGGCAGCUGGACGGCGUGGCGAGGGUGCGGGCGAUGAUGAGGGACCGCGGGCUCAAGAAGGAGCCCGGAUGCAGCUACGUCGAGCACAAGGGAAGGGUUCACCUGUUCAUGGCCGACGACCACUCGCACCCGCAGGCAAAGAGGAUCUACGAGCUCGUGAUCAGGCUGGAGCAGAUGAUGAAGAAGUCGGGAGUGAGGGAGAGCAGGGCGGUCGUGGAACGCGCGGAGAAGGCUGCCGCGCAGCGGCUGUUUGGGUUUCACAGCGAGAAGUUGGCCGCGGCGUUUGGGUUACUGAACACCGAGGCCGGCAGCGAGAUCGUGGUGAUCAAGAACCUCAGGGUGUGCGGGGACUGCCACUCGUUCUUGAAGUCGGUUUCGGCAAUUGCCAACCGCGCGUUCCUGGUCAGGGACGCCAGCCGCUUCCAUCGCUUCGAGCGUGGAGUGUGCUCCUGCAAAGAUUACUGGUGAAGGAUCUGGUGCUCGCCGUGAGAAAACACUGUCGCUGUUGCAUCGCACCAUAAACAAGUGCGUGUACUUGCUGAGGUUUUGAUGGGUGACGAGGAGCAGAGGCGCUUCUUCAGGGAACGGGAACACGACUGACUGCAAAAACAAAUCCGCGGAUACAGAAGAUGGGCGCGACUGACUGCAAAAAGAAUCCGCGGAUACAGAAGAUGGGCAUAGACUUCAAACCGUGAGGUCGUCGCUGCUGCUUGCUAACGUCCGAUGUCACGAAGUUUAAAGCUGAUGAAGACGUGCGCAACACUAGAUCAGGAAGUGAUUGAUAAUCGUGGCACCGUGACGAGCGAACCGAUCUACCAAAGUACGUCCCAGAAAGGCAAAGUUUUGUACCAAGGUGACUGUUAUUUUCGCACGAAGGCCCGUCCAUCCAAUGAUCCAAAGUGUUCAGACAA